CCAUUCAAAGGGAAAGAGGAAUAUCUACAGAAUAUUUGCGAAAGUAAUGUUCUCAUCAAUCACAAUCCAUUUUGAAAAAUUAACUAAUAAAAUUGUUUGCUAAAGUUGUCUUUCUAGCGAGAAAGCAAUGCUUGAAACCAAAAGUUCUAACAAGUUGUCAAUAGAGGUUUUUGUGCAUGUUUGGGUAAGUGGUGUUUUGACACUAAUUGAAAUAAGAUUCUUUGCCUCUUCUUAAGGUUACUUCUAAAGCACAUUUUAUACAUUGCUUCUUUUGCAUGUCCUAUUCACCAUUAUAAAUGUGGAAAAUGAAUAACUACAGUUACUAUCUAUCUUCAAUCACAUAUUUACAAUCAAAUCAAAUAGGAGACAUUUCAAGACAUUGUUUUUUUUUUUCAAGUUUCAAGAAAUGGAAAAUAGGCUCAAUCAAAGAAGAGUAUCAUUUUCUAGUCCACAACCACAAAAGCAUACAAGAGAUGAUGAGUUUGUAGCUGCAAUAGCAGCUACUGCCUUUUCCAUUUAUUCAUUAGAAGAAGCUGGGAUGCUUGAUUUGAAGAAAAUAAGAGAUAGUCCAAAGUUUACAGAGAACCUAACUAUAAGAGGAAAAGAGGAGAAUAGGCAACCAAGUUAUGGUGAAACUUCAAUGAAAAGGCCAUUUAGACAAGAGACAAGGACAGCAGAAGGUGCUUUACCUCUUAGAAGUUCAAGUGGUAUAUCCCCAAGAGGAGGGUAUCAAAAGCAAAAUGGGGUUAUAGUAAAUAAAAAAAAUGACAAGGCAAAAGCAGAAGCUUGGGAAAAGUCUAAGAUAGAAAGGAUUCAAAAGAGGCAUGAGAAAAUGAAGUUGCAAAUCCUUUCUUGGGAAGGUGAGAAAAGAAUCCAAGCCAAACUCCACAUGGAAAAGAAAAAGAAUGAAUUGGAUCACAAUAGAGCAAAUGCAAUAGAACAUUACAAGAGAAAAAUAGCAAGGAUUGAUAUGAUUGGACAAAGAGCAAUUAAAGAAUUGGAAGACCAGAGAAGAAAAGAAGAGAUGAAAGUCAGAGAAAAAGCUAAUAAUAUUAGAAAAACAGGAAAAGUUCCUGUCACAUGUUUCUGUUUCAAAUCUUUAUAGGAUCAAGUUAUUCCUCAAAUUGUUCAUAUAUAGUAUAAUUAAUACAGUUUCUAAAGUUUUAUAUUUGAUUGUAAUUAAGAAAUGUAUUAUUCAAUAAAAUUGUACUUAUAUUAUGCACUAAAACACAUUAGUGUGUAAACCAAAAAAUAUAAAACACAUUAGUGUAUGAAACAAUAUAAUUUAUGUCUUGGUUAUGUUGUAUUGCCCACCUA